AUGGCUCUGGAAAAUGCUUCUUUGGUCACUGAGUUCAUAUUGAUGGGGUUAACCAGCCAGCCUGACCUACAAAUACCCCUGUUCCUACUCUUUCUGGUUAUGUACAUGAUAACUACAUUUGGAAAUUUGGCUUUGAUCAUGCUGAUUGUUCUGAAUUCUCACCUUCACACUCCCAUGUAUUUUUUCCUCCUUAACUUGUCCGGCAUAGAUCUUUGUUAUUGUUCAGUCAUUACACCUAAAAUGCUGAUGAACUUCGUAUUAAAAAAGAAUGUUAUUUCUUACGAGGGAUGCAUGACCCAAUUCUACUUCUUUGCCUUUUUUGUAAUUUCUGAAUGUUACGUGCUGACAGCAAUGGCCUAUGAUCGCUAUGUGGCCAUUUGCAAUCCACUCUUAUACAAUGUUGUCAUGUCUCCAAAGAUAUGUUCUUACCUUAUGAUUGGUUCAUAUUUGAUGGGAUUUUCUGGUGCCAUGAUCCACACUGGAUGUAUCCUAAAACUGAGUUUCUGUGAUGGAAACACCAUCAAUCAUUAUUUCUGUGAUAUCCUCCCUUUGCUCCAGCUCUCCUGCACCAGCACCUAUGUUAAUCAGAUCGAGUUGUUCAUUGUAGCAGGAAAGGAUAUUAUUAUACCGAGUGUGAUCAUCUUUACCUCUUAUGGCUUUAUCCUCUCCAGCAUCCUCAAAAUACGGUCCACAUCAGGCAGGUCCAAAGCCUUCAGCACAUGUAGCUCCCAUAUAAUAGCUCUUUCUCUGUUCUUUGGCUCAUGUACAUUUAUGUAUCUAAAACCCUCCUCAGUUGGUUCUAUGGACCAGGGAAAAAUAUCUUCUGUCUUUUAUAACGUUGUGGUCCCCAUGAUGAAUCCAUUGAUCUAUAGUCUUAGGAACAAAGAUGUUAAAAUUGCUCUGAUAAAAACCAUAACCAAAAGAAAGUUUUAA